AUGCAGCUGUCUAAGGACCUCAAUCCGACGGGUACACUGCAGCUUCCCCCGAAGCUGGAGGCGCGAUACAUGGAGCCCAAGGAGCAGAAGAGACUCCAGGAAGGCAUUUCACUUGGGUCUCAUCUGCAAAGCCGACUUCAUCUGGAACGAAAGGUUCGGCCUGCAACGGCAGAACAAAUCGAGAUAGAGCUAAGAAAAUCCCUCAUGCGCCCUGAGUAUGCGCCCUGCACCUCUGUCCCCCGGGCUGCGCAAAUUGUUUUGGGCCUAGACGAUCAUGUGUCAUUUGACUUUUGUUCUUCUCGCUUUUCUGAGUCCUUGACAACUCGUGACGGGCGUCCGUUAUGA